GGCAUCCUGUACAGUGGAGUUGGACACUCGGGGGGAUUUUUUCCAUGUGUCCAUUCGAAAAACUUCCCCAGCCAAUGGGUGCUCAGCUCCGGUGCCGCGGCUCCUCCUCCCGCUGCUCCCACAUGUAACGUUAUCUCCCUCCGUCUGUUGCAUUGUCUCAUAGGGACGUAGCGUACUGGAGCACCAUGGUGACUCCACUGGACCGGGAGGCUUUAAGUGACAUUUAAAAACUGAAGGAUCGUGUCAACAGGAAAUGAGUUCAGGUCUCGUUGAUGUUCCCUCAGUGUACCGGUGGAUUCAUUAAUUCAGUUCUUGUGCCAGUAAGCAGGGCUGCCUGAGGCUGUGGGCUGCAUGGCACGUUAGAGAUGGUCAUUAUAUUUUCUUUAUCGCGGUCAUUUUAGCGGUUACUUAGUAUGUUGCUCUCGCAAGUCCGGACCCUUGUUGCUCUACGUGGAGCUGCACCGUAGCGCCCACUCACUUCUCUCAUCCACUGCACGGACACUGAUCGGUGGUCAGCGGUGCGCCCCGGUUCCGCUUUCCCGGGCUCCGCUGCAAGGAUGGCCGCACGCCGCAGCUGCGUGAACUCGCUGUGGUCGGGCAGCGAACGUGUCCGCAUCGUGGAGCGACUCAAAGCCACUCUGGCCGGUGUGGUGGAGCUGGAGCUGCUCAGGUGCAAACACCUGGAGAUGGUGGACGCUGCUCUGGAGGACCGAGCCUCUGCUGCCGCCAACGCCGCAGAGCUACCAGCGGAGGAGGGGAUCAGAGCUCCGGGGAGCACCGCCUCGGAAGCCGAGCAUGGCUCUACGACAUCCCGCAGGCAACAGGUUCCCUCCCCCUCAGAUAUAGUGGUACUGCCCUGUCGGAUCAGCCCUGAGGAAUGUGGCAGUCAUUCAGUGGACGGGACGGUCCACUCAUCAUCUGGAAGGGGGAGCAACUCACGUUGGUCUACUCUGUCCUGGGACGCCCCAUCUGACCUGCUCUCUCCCCCGACACCAGACCCCAGUGGUACGGUCCAUCUGGACAGUGACUCCAGGCCUAGUUCAGGUUUCUAUUCAGUGAGCGGGAGCUCUCUGUCGGACUCUUGCUACUCUGUGUCCAGCGAUGCAGCUCAGGGGGCAACAGCGCCUGCGGCCCGACCCCCGAAGCUGUGGGAGCAGGUCCCUCUGUCCGCUGACAACACGGACCCCCUGUGGGCAGACCGGGCGCUGCAGCAGCAGCAGCCACCUGCACUGCAGGGCAGCCAGGGAGACGCUGAACCAACAGAAGGGACAACAGCUUCGGUGCAAGGUGAAAUUGAAGAGACUGGUCUGAGCUUUCUCUCUGACCUCUGCUCAGGACUCGGUGACUCCCUGGUUUCUUCCCUCAUUCAACUUCUUGAAUCCACCUCCUCCUCCUCCUCCUUCUCCCCACUCCAGCCAAACACCCAGCUGGACCCUCGCUACUGCACAGACCUAGUGUCCCGUCGGACCAAAGAGGUGUACCCCUACCCCAGCCCGCUGCACGCCGUCGCCCUCCAGAGCCCCAUUUUCACCUCCCAGAGCCAGGAGCCAUCAGCCUCUCCCAGCCCUGAGGGUCUCCAGCUAGAUGACCCUCAGGAGUCCAGCUCUGUCCCCCCUCUGCCCCUCCAGCCCGCUGCCUCUCUCACCCAGCUGGAGCAGUACAUCUCUCGUCUGGCUCGCCAGUACCACAGUCGGGUCACCUGCUCCACCUCCGAUCUCACUUCAGCUGCCAUCCCUGGUGAGGUCAGAGGCCUUUUUACCCCUGGCAAAAGUCACGGAUCCACCCAGUCCCUCUUUGCCUUUGAGAGUCGCAGCACCCCCUCCUCCAACAUCACUCCCUGUAAGUCUCUGCUGGGAAACUCUGCCAGAUUCAGCCUCAGCACCACCGGGAAAAAAGCAACUAGGAAUUCAAUAAACCUAGGUAACCUCCCCUCAGCCACUGGAGAGGACUUGAACAUAAAUCUGCAUCUCAACCUCAACUUGAACCUGACUCCCGGUUUAAGUUCUAGCAGUGUGGACAAUCCCAAAAAUGGCAGCUGUGGAGCUUUAAGAAGCAACUCUGCAUCUGCUCCCACAGCCUCUGCCACAUCGCUCUCCUCCGCCACACCCACCCCUGCACUUAGAGCCCGCCCUCGCAUUUCAACAUGCCCGAGCAGCCUGAGCCACCGCAGCUCCCUGGAGGUUACUUCAGGGUCUGGACACAGUCCUGGAUUUGGGUCAUCUGCCUUCUGCCGUUCAUUAGACUGGAGCAGCUGCGCUCCGCCUGAGACUCCACCCUCAGUAUUGGGUUCUGGAUCGGCUCCCGGGUCUCAGCGCAGCAGCUUGAUCCAAGAGGCCAGCUCCAGUCCCAAGAUAAGCGAGGACUCCCCCAUGGUGGGUGAGAUCUCCCGCCUCUCCGGCCUCACCAGGGCUGUUGUGGUGGGACUGAUGGAACAAGGUGUGGAGCUGGACAUCGACUGCUUCCAGACAGACACCGCGGGCGAGGUGCGGAGUCACAGCAAAACUCACCUGACACCCACGGCCAAGACAGAUCAGUCACAUGACUACGCCAGACUGAGCGACCAGAAUCCACAGAGACCAAUUCAGCUGUCUCUCAGUGUCACCCAUUCUCCCCAGUCUCAUUGCAGCCUCACCCCUCCUCUCUCACACAGCAGCAGCCCCAUACACCCUUAUCAGUCCAUCCACGUUCCAUCUCCUCACUACUCCUCUCACUGCCACUACCAGCAGAUCCCUUCUCCAUCCGACCUCCCCUCAUCCACAGCCUCCUCCCCUGCCUCCCGCCCCACCACCAGGGGCCGCUCCCCUCCCCGGCCUCUCCAGCCGUCCCCUCUGGGCGCCACCCCGCUCUCAGUUUUCCGACGGGAUGCGCCCUUCCAGUGCUCCCUGCCUCGCACGAUUAUGAGGAGCUCUCCUUUGGAGCAAGGAGGGAUCCACCCGAGAGGGGGAUCACUUCGGCAGAGUGCGGGAGGAACUGUUGGGUGGAAGAGGGCGGAGGGGGAGGGGCUUUACAGUGGGAAGCACUCCUCUCACAAGUUGAUCCGGGCAGCCACAGUAAGCAGCAACGCCAAGAGAGAGGACUAUAGCUCGGCUUGGGCUGAGGAGCAGGAGCAGCCCGCGGCCCAGACACCCAGGAAGACCUCCAACAAACUGUGGAGGGGCUUCGAGGGGCGCCUCCGGGGCAAAGAGUCCGAAUGCGAAAAGGAAGAGAUGGACAGAGCCGAGUAUGGCUAUGGCUGGAGGAGCAACAGCGUUGGAAGCUGGCGGAGGGAGGGACGGAGGGUGAAGGCUCCAUCCAGCAGUAACGACAAGAAGCCGAAAGUGGAGAACUCGCCGAUGUUCUCGAAGAAGAGGGGGAAGGAGGAAGGGGAGAGACGCAGCACCAGCAUCAGGCUUUCCAGGAGGGCUUUGUUCAGGAGCGAGUCCCAAGGUUUGCUGGUGUCUCGUAACCACGGCGAGGAGCCAACAAAGCGGGCACACUGGGUCUCCUCGUUAGACGUGGGGCAAGGGGGCCUCAGCAAACACGAAGGCAUCAGACUGCUGAGGGCGAAGGAGGAAGACAAACGACUGUCUUCCACCGCCAGCCUCUUUAACCUCUCUCGUUCUCAGAGCCUCGAAGGCAGCUGCCACUCCCUCUCCCCUUUCUCCUCCCCUUCCUUCUCCCCUUCCCCGCCUCCCAGGAGGCCCAUGCAGCGCUCUCGGUCUCUAAAGGACUUGGGGAGGAGAGUGUUUGGCUCCAUGAGGUCGCUGAGUCUCAAACGAAAGCCAUCCAAGAAGUGACACUCGUACAAUAAAU